GUGAAUGUGAUAGAAGAAACAUGCUGGGCAUGACAAGUGAUGCAAAGAAUGAUUCGUAUUUUGUGGGUGUUGAUGUGGGUUCUGGCAGUGUCCGAGCAGGCCUUUUCAACAUGAGAGGUCAAUGCCUGCAUGUUUCUUCAGUCCCUAUACAGACGUGGAAUCCCAAGCCCAAUUUCUACCAACAGUCAUCCGAUGACAUCUGGUCUGCUUGUUGCACUGCAGUGCAAGAAGCAACCAGAGAGCAUGCUUCAGAUGUCAGAGGGAUGGGGUUUGCAGGGACUUGUUCUCUUGUCGUGUUGUCACCAGAAGGCCAACCAGUCUCUGUCUGUCCUUGCUCAGGAGAUGUUAGGCAGAACAUCAUCAUGUGGAUGGACCAUAGAGCUGAGUCUGAGGCAGAACAAAUCAACACAACUGGUCAUCAUGUCUUGGAGUACGUUGGAGGGAAGAUCUCGCUGGAAAUGCAGCUUCCGAAACUCCUGUGGCUUAAGAAGAAUUUGCCUUCUCAGUGUUGGACAAGGGCUGGAAGUUUAUGCUCCUUAGUGUGUAAAUGGACCUACCAGGCAAGUCUGGACAAAAAUAUUGGGUGGGAUGAAGACUUCCUCAGAUCAAUUGGACUAGUGGACCUACUUCUGGAUGAUUUCAAGAAAAUAGGGAAUGAUGUGAAGACCCCAGGUAGCCAAUUGGGAGCAGGGCUGACCAAGAAGGCAGCAGAGGAACUGGGACUUCGACCUGGCAUUCCAGUUGGAGCCUCAGCUAUUGAUGCUCAUGCAGGGGGAAUUGGACUCUUAGCAGCUGUUCCUUCCUCUCUCAGUCAUUCCACAAAUGGUCUUCCUCACAGGCUUGCUCUGAUAUGUGGAUCAUCUACAUGCCUCAUGGCUUUGAGCAAGGAACCCCUAUUUGUCCAUGGAGUUUGGGGGCCUUAUGCAAAUGCAAUGGUGCCAGGGUACUGGCUGUCCGAGGGAGGUCAGAGUGCAACUGGGAUGCUCCUUGACCAUAUCAUUCGAUCUCACCCUGCCCAUCAGCAUCUGCUGUCAGAAAAUGGAGAAUCCCAGGUGUAUCAAAGGUUGGAAGGGAUCUUGGGAAGCUGUCAGCUGGAGGAAGGACUGGGCAGUGUUUCUCUCCUCACAAGGGAUCUUCAUAUUUGGCCAGAUUUCCAUGGGAACAGAUCACCUCUGGCUGAUCCUUCUCUCAAAGGGAUGAUGAGUGGAUUGACGCUGUCCAGUGGCAAGAAGGAGCUCGCAAGACUCUACUUGGCAACAGUUCAAGCCCUUGGAUAUUCCACUCGGCACGUGAUCGAGACAAUGAAUGCUGCUGGUCACGAGAUCCAAGAGAUCCUCGUCUGUGGAGGGCUGAGCGAGAGCAGUCUGUUCUGCAAGAUGCAGGCUGACAUCACUGGCCAUCCGGUGCUGGUCCCUGAGACAAGAGAGGCUGUGUUGCUAGGAGCUGCCAUUCUUGGAGCUUGUGCAGCUGGCACUUGGUCUGAUGUCCUCACUGCUAUGAGUCACAUGGGGGGUUCUGCUCGCAUCAUAAACCCCGAUUCCAGUGAAAAGAGGUAUCAUGACAAGAAAUACCAGGUCUUCCAUGAGCUACUAAAUGCUCAGCUCCGCUUUCAAGAAAUCAUGAAUUCUUAGUCAAUCAUCAGCCUGAAGGAAGGCUUGUAAUGGAUACAUUCCAGGUAUAGUGAUUCUUCUGCUUAUGCUUACCAGUGAUGGGUUUCAUGAGUCAUUCCAUUUUUAUUAAAUCAUGC